AUGGUUCGUACUCUUUACGCCGGAACAAACCAGUCCGCAAACAACGCACCCGCGAUUGUUAUCGCACACACACACUGAGGUACACGUUCACUCUCGUCUGCCGCGUCGUCUCGCGUAUAACAUUACAAUAAAAUAUACGCGUUCACGCACGCGAACGCAAUAUAGCUCCGGCCGUUCGGGUUCCAGCAGGAUAACCCAUACGAGCAUCCGGACGCCAUGCGCCAGCAACGAAACGGCAAGAUGAUUCUGAAACCGCGUACAAACAUGUAUUUAAUACUGUUGUUUGCAAUCGUGGGAGUUCAGUUUGCCUUAUCUCAGCAAACUAACCCAAAUGAUUUGGAAGUGGUACUUAACAUUGAAGAUAGCAACAAAACUCAAUAUCAUGAGCAAAAUUUCGAUACCAUGGCCUAUAUAUUCGGCUAUGAAGUAGGUCCAAAUGGUCAAUUCCAUCAUGAAAACAAAGGCCCGGAUGGAUUCACAUAUGGUUGUUAUGGAUAUGUAGAUCCAGAAGGAAAAUUACAAGCAACUCAUUAUAUAUCUGAUGGCUGGGGAUACAGAGUAGUCACACCUGGCGAAUCUGUUGAAAUUUUCCAUCAUAAACAUGACCCUGCUGAUGAAAAUCAAGCUAAUGAAAGUUCUGAAGGUGGUUCUGAGCAUGAACAUCAUGGACACCAUGGAGUGGUUACAGCAUGGGGUGAUCUUUAUUUCCCGAAAGGAUGUGGAGGAGGACGACCAAUUCAAGGUACUGGUCAAUUAGGUGGAUCAGGUUCAUCAGGAUACCCUAGCUUUAUUGGAGUUGGUCAACCAGGACCAGCAGGUGCACCUGGACCUUCUGGAUCACCAGGUUCUGCUGGUUCUCCAGGAUACCCUGGUUCGUUAGGAUAUCCAGGUAAACCAGGAUCACCAGGCUCACCAGGCUCACCAGGUUCACCAGGCUCACCAGGAUCCCCCGGCUCCCCAGGAUCACCAGGGUCCCCUGGUUCUUUAGGCUAUCCUGGAUCAGGUGGUUCUAAUGGAUAUCCUGGUUCACCGGGUUCCCCAGGUUCAUUUGGUAAACCGGGAUACCCAGGCUCACCAGGAUCACCAGGCGCACCAGGAUCACCAGGUUCACCAGGAUCACCAGGUUCACCAGGAUCACUUGGUUACCCAGGUUCAGGAUCUCCAGGAUCAUCAGGAUCUCCUGGAUUACCAGGCGCACCAGGAUCUCCAGGAUCACCAGGAUCACCAGGAUCUCCAGGAUCACCAGGAUCUCUUGGUUAUCCAGGAUCAGGAUCUCCAGGAUCACCAGGUGCACCAGGCUCACCAGGAUCACCAGGAUCACUUGGUUACCCUGGAUCAGGAUCGCCAGGCUCACCAGGAGCACCGGGCUCUCCAGGCUCACCAGGAGCACCGGGAGCACCUGGAUCUCCAGGUUCUUUAGGAUAUCCUGGAUCAGGUGGUUAUCCGGGUUCACCGGGUUCCCCUGGUACUUUUGGUAAACCAGGAUACCCAGGCUCACCAGGAUCACCAGGCGCACCAGGAUCACCAGGUUCACCAGGAUCACUUGGUUACCCAGGUUCAGGAUCUCCAGGAUCAUCAGGAUCUCCUGGAUUACCAGGCGCACCAGGGACACCAGGUUCACCAGGAUCACUUGGUUACCCAAGCUCAGGAUCUCCAGGAUCACCAGGAUCUCCUGGAUUACCAGGUGCUCCAGGUUCACCAGGCUCACCAGGAUACCCAGGAUCACUUGGCUAUCCAGGAUCAGGGGUUCCAGGAUCAUUUGGCUAUCCAGGCUCACAAGGAUCUCCCGGCUCACCAGGGUCACCGGGCUCGCCAGGAUCUCCAGGUUCACCAGGAUCACCUGGUUCAUUCGGAUAUCCUGGAUCAGGUUCUCCGGGAACACCUGGUGCAUUUGGUAAACCAGGAUACCCUGGCUCACCAGGAUCUCCAGGAUCACCAGGAUCUCCAGGCUCACCAGGAGCUCCAGGCUCAACAGGAUCACAAGUCUACCCAGGAUCAUUUGGUUACCCAGGCUCACAAGGAUCUCCUGGUUCACCAGGAGCACCAGGAUCUCCAGGAUCACCAGGAUCAGGAUAUCCAGGAUCACUUGGCUACCCAGGCUCACCAGGAUCACCGGGCUCACCAGGAUCACCAGGAUUGCCAGGAUCUCCAGGAUAUCCAGGAACACUUGGCUACCCAGGAUCAGUAUCAUCAGGAUCAUUUGGCUAUCCAGGCUCACAAGGAUCUCCAGGAGCUCCAGGCUCACCUGGAACUCCAGGAAUACCCGGAACUCCAGGUUCUUCUGGAUCAAUAGGUUACCCAAGUGGUUAUCCAGUAUCAUCAGGAACUCCCGGAACACCUGGAUCCCCAGGAUUACCAGGAACUCCCGGAUUACCAGGUAAACCAGGUUCAGGAUUACCGGGAAGUCCAUCUACAGUGUAUCCAAGUUAUCCAGGUUCUCCGGGUUCUCCAGGAUUACCCGGAACUCCAGGCUCACCAGGUAAACCUGGAUCUUCAGGCUAUCCAUCAUAUCAAAAACCAUCACCUUACCCUCCAUCGUCUUAUCCUAGUGCACCAGGCUCAUCAGGUUUACCAGGAACUCCAGGAAUUCCAGGAGCCCCAGGAUUGCCAGGUUCACCAGGUUUACCAGGAUCGUCGUAUAACAAACCAUCUACUUACCCAAGUGUUUCAGGAUCACCAGGAUUACCAGGUUCGCCAGGAUUACCAGGAGCACCAGGCCUUCCCGGUUCUUACCAAAAACCAACAACGUACCCCGGAACAUUAUACCCAAGUGGGCCAGGAGCUCCAGGAUCACCAGGUACUCCAGGUUACCCAGGAUCACCAGGCCAACCAGGAACACCAGGAUUACCAGGUUCUCCAUCAAACACGAAACCUUCAUACCCUGUAGCUCCAGUGUCUCCUGGAUCACCAGGGUCUCCGGGUUCUCCAGGUUCUCCAGGUUUACCAGGAAAACCAGGAUCUUACGUUCCACAAUCUUCAUAUCCAGGAUCAUCUUAUCCAGGUACCCCAGGUCAACCAGGAACUCCAGGAACACCAGGAUCUCCAGGAUUACCAGGUAAGCCAGGAGUAUCAGCCAUACCAUCCUAUGAAAAACCACAACCAACUUAUCAAAAACCAAAUGCCGGUUACCCCGGAAGUCCAGGCCAACCAGGUACUCCAGGCUUACCAGGAGCUCCAGGGUUACCAGGUACAACUGCAUACCCGAAACCUACACCACCACCAUCAGCAUAUCCAGUAGGACCAGGUAAACCAGGAUCCCCGGGAUCUCCAGGACUUCCAGGUCAACCAGGAACACCAGGUCUACCUGGGUCUGUAUACCAACCCUCAUACCAAAAACCGAUUUCCAAUAACCAAUAUGGAAAUCCCUCUCCAUAUCCAGGAUCUUCUUAUCCCGGAAGUCAAGGACUACCUGGAACUCCAGGAUUACCAGGUCAACCAGGUACACCUGGAACACCAGGCUCAGCUUAUCCAGGUUCCACGUUGAAUCAAAAACCUAAUUAUCAAUCUGUUAAACCAAGCUCACAGGGUUAUCCAGGUUCUUCAUAUCCAGGAAGUCCAGGACAACCAGGCACUCCAGGAUUACCAGGUCAACCAGGAACUCCAGGUAUACCUUCAUACCAAAAACCAAAUCCCCCAACAACAUAUCCAGUUCAACCUACAUACCCAUCACAGCCAUCUUAUUCUGGUUAUCCCGGAAGCGCAGGUCAACCAGGAAAACCAGGUACGCCUGGUACUCCAGGUACACCAGGACUUCCCGCGGGACCAUCCUACCCAAAACCUACACCUCCUGCCGGAUAUCCAGGUUCUCCUGGUAAACCAGGGCAACCAGGAACCCCUGGUCUCCCAGGCUUACCAGCCCAAUCGUUUGGACAAAAUCCUCAAACGUUUGUCGAUUAUGGAAAACCUAAUCUAUCAUCAGGAUAUCCAGGAUCUCCAGGGCAACCAGGCCUUCCUGGUCAACCAGGUACUCCAGGAACCCCAGGAACUCCAGGAUUCCCAAGUUCUUAUCCCAGUUCACCAAAACCUAGUCCAUCUCCCAUAAAUCCAGGCAGUGGAAGUGUAACAGGUUCACCAUCUAAUGGUUAUCCAUCAUCAGUUGAACAAACUCAAACUGGUUAUCCAAAUAAACCUAGUUCUCAACCAUCAUACACGGGUCAAAAUUAUGUUUAUCCUACCAGCUAUCCUCAAAAGCCAAAUGUUCCUGACUAUGGUGCUCAGCAACCAAAUGUGUAUCCAGAAUAUUUAAGUUCAGGAUAUCCAGUACCUCCUCCUAACGCGCCACUCCCUAAUUACCCACAACCUAAUGCACCAUCUGGUUACCCGAGUUUUUAUGAAUUGUAUCCUGGUCAAAAUCAAAUAUAUCCCGGCCAACCAGAUUUUAAUGUAUACCCAUCUGUAGCUGGUGAUCAAUAUCCUUUCAAUGGAAACGUUUAUGGUUAUCCUGAACAACAGUUUACAUACCCAGCAACAGAAAUUAAAGGUGAUAAACCUCAAGUAACAACACCUGUUUCUAUUCAAACAUCUGGUUAUAAGAGUAAGUCUAGUCAAACUUCUCCGGAAUAUACAAGUAAACCUAGUUUGAUAGAUAUACGCAUAAAUGUUCCAAAUGUACCCGAUUCCAACGAUGGCCAAAAAGCUGUAAUUUUAGGUAAAAAUGACUUAACAGGACCAUCUUCAGGAUCAUCAGGAUAUUCCAGCUCACUUACUCCACAAUACGUUGACAGCCCUACGAAAGCGCCCAAAUUACCAUAUCAAUUUAGUCAAGAAUCAAAUCAAAUUAUUUUAUCAUCAAGCAAACCAGAAACUAGCACUCCGUUGUAUAGUAUAUCUACUAAAACAGCAUCUAAACCUGAAAAUACUAAUUCAGUGGAAUCAAGUAGCACAGUAUCCUAUGAAGAACAAUUUAGUACCCUUUCACCAGAUUCUUCGACACCGGUCAAUAUAAUUCCUUAUCCCUUACCAAUAGUGCCAAACCCAGGAUCUUGUCCAUGCUAUUUUGUUCCACCUACAAGUAAUUCUACCAAUCAAUUACAGCAACAACCAACAUUUGACUUAAAUAAUUUACCGGAGGGCGCUGUUAUUGGAUUCGUGCCGGUAGUGUUUUAUCCAUCUUGCGGUGCAGGUAGUGCAACAUCAAAAGAAGUGGUAUCAUCAAAGUUAAAUCCUGUUUUCCCAUCGGCUUAUCAAGUACCAUACAAAUGUUCUUAUUGUGAACAAAGUGAAUCACAAACUGCAACCAUUAGAGGAAGUUUUGAUCAAGUAGUAAAACAAAGUCAAUUAAAUCCAUCCGUUGUAAUUAAAAGCCCAAGUAGAAAAAAUUACCCAAAUGCCCCAAUUUAUGACCAACAAGAAUUUGGAAGAAAGAUAAAAGUUGUAAGAAGGAAAACUAAAGAUGAAUAAUAUCAAAAAUAAUCAAUGCAAAUAUUUUAAAGACUAAAAAAAUACAAAUUAAAAAAAAACAAAUAUAAGAUAAAACAAGAUAUGAAAAAGGAUAAAUUUAACAUUUCAGUUUUUUUUUAUAUGUUGGAAAAUACUAUCUAUAUGACUUUUUAUAUUGUACUAAAAAAAAAAAUCAAUUGACAAUUAUAUUGUGUUAUUAUACAAAUUAAUACUCAAAAUGCUCAGGUAAUUUUAUUUUUAGUUUAAGCUAAUUUUAUUGAAUACAAUCCAAAUUAUAAGGAUAUUUUUUUAUGUAAAUCGUUUUUUUUUUUAUAUUAAUAAACGUUUAAAAGGAUCAAAAUAUACAAUAUUCAAUUAAAUAAUUUACAUUAAAGUCAUUUUAAACGUAUAAUAUAUUUUAUUACACAAUAAUUGUAAUUGUACCAAUUGAAUUUCGAUAAAAUUAUUUUUAUUAUGUUUAUUAGUUAAUACUAUCUGUUAAUUAUAACCCGUCCAGAAGUUACCAAACAUUUACUGUCAAUUUAUAGAUACUCUCGUAAGCCUAAUUAAAUAAUAUAUUUUUACGAUAAAAUUGUAUAUAUUUAUAAGAAGGUAACUCCUGGAUAGACGUUGAUUGACAAUUUUUAUUUCACUUAAUAAAUAUUUGUUUUUAUGUACCGUAACUAAAUGUCAAUUAAAAAUAAAUAAAGUAUAAUUUGAAUUGUA